AGAUAUGGAAGCGGACAACUGUCCACAGCUAACGGACCCCGUGUUGUGCCCGGAAUUAUCACUUCUCAUUUGGGAGGAGUUAGUAUUGUUCAGAGAGAUUACAGAGCGAUGAGCACUAGUAGUGCAUCUGCGAGACCAUCGCUAUCGCAGAUCCAGAUCCCGUCAGCGCUGGCGUCGACUAGUAUAGUGUCCGCCCGACCCGCGGACGGACACAAACUGAAAGUGAAGUGCGCUUCACGACAAUCGCUGAUAGACACGGUUACCGGCAAAUUCCAGCCCCCGUCCGGUGGUGUCAGCAGUUUGGCCGGAUCAAUACGAGCUCUGAAUAUGAUUAAGAAGAUUUCAUUGCCGAGUUCUCUGAGGCCGGGCGGCAAAGAAUCGGGAAAAGUAGUGAAAUACACGCCGUGUAGUACUUCAGGUCGACAUCUGGACGACGACUUGGAUGAGGUGGCGGUCAUCAGUAACGCCGCGCCCGAGAGUAUCAGAUAUGGAAGCGGACAACUGUCCACAGCUAACGGACCCCGUGUUGUGCCCGGAAUUAUCACUUCUCAUUUGGGAGGAGUUAGUAUUGUUCAGAGAGAUUACAGAGCGAUGAGCACUAGUAGUGCAUCUGCGAGACCAUCGCUAUCGCAGAUUCAGAUCCCGUCAGCGCUGGCGUCGACUAGUAUAGUGUCCGCCCGACCCGCGGACGGACACAAACUGAAAGUGAAGUGCGCUUCACGACAAUCGCUGAUAGACACGGUUACCGGCAAAUUCCAGCCCCCGUCCGGUGGUGUCAGCAGUUUGGCCGGAGUCGGAGCUUAUAUGGGAAAUGGUAGGGGAAGUGAUACCAAAAUUAAACCUCGCGGUUCAAUGGCCGGACUGAUAAAUAGAAGUCAUUUGAGUUCAGAUCUGGAGAUUCCGAAGAAAACGCGAGAAUUGAGGCGA